AUGCCGACUCUCGACGUCUCCAACUUCAACAUUGUGUGCGCGACCUUGGGCGGGUUUGUCACCAUGUUUGGCUUGGUGUCUUUCCUGUGCAAGGAAAAGUUCUACCUUUCCGAAGCCCUCAUUUCCACUUUCGCUGGCGUCGUCUUCGGCCCCAACGCCGCCAAUUUGAUCAGGCCGCACCAGUACGCCCUGGGCUCCGAAGAAACCCUCAACACCAUCAAUCUCUACUUCACCCGGCUGGUGCUGGGUGUGCAGCUGGUUAUCGCUGGCAUACAGCUCCCGAGCAGGUACCUGAAACUGGAAUGGAAGUCGCUCUCGCUGCUGCUGGGCCCCGGCAUGACGGGCAUGUGGAUGAUCACGAGCUUACUUGUGUGGGGCUUGGUGCCCGGCCUGAGCUUUCUGCAUGCUCUGGCUGUUGGCGCCUGCGUCACCCCCACCGACCCUAUUCUAUCAAACUCGAUUGUGAAGGGCAAAUUCGCCGACAAGAACAUCCCCAAAGAUCUUGCCAAGCUCGUCAUCGCCGAGUCUGGCGCGAAUGAUGGUCUCGGUUAUCCUUUUCUGUUCUUGCCUCUCUACCUUAUCAAGUACGCGGGCCAUCAUGGCGCAGGCGAGUCGGGUGGAGUUAGCAAGGCCAUGGGCCUGUGGUUUGGUGAGACCUGGGGCUACACCAUCAUCAUGAGCAUUGCCUACGGUGCUACCGUUGGCUGGAUUGCCAAAGAGCUCCUUCACUGGGCCGAGGAGAGGAAGUAUGUCGACCGCGAGAGCUUCUUGGUGUUUGCAAUCACCCUCGCUCUCUUCAUUGUCGGGACCGAUGGUAUGCUUGGAAGCGACGAUGUCCUUGCGUGCUUCAUCGCCGGCAACGUCUUCACCUGGGACGACUGGUUCCGGCUGGAGACCAUGGAUGAUUCCCUCCAACCCACAAUUGAUAUGCUCCUCAACGUAUCAGUCUUUAUCUGGUUUGGCGCUGUGUGCCCCUGGUACAGCUUUGCCCACAACAGCGUGAUCCCGAUCUACCGUCUCAUUCCUUUGGGGAUCCUGGUCCUCAUGCUACGCCGUCUUCCGAUUGUCAUGGGCAUGCAUAAGCACAUCCACCAGAUAGAGCAUAUGCGUCAAGCGCUCUUCGUAGGGUUCUUUGGACCAAUUGGGGUUAGCGCCGUUUUCUAUCUCUACAUCAGUAUCGAGUUCCUCGAGGAGAUCACGGUCGACGGUGUCCAGCGUGAGGACGCUGCCCACUUGCAGGAGGUCAUGUAUGUUGUCAUAUGGUUCCUGGUCAUCUGCAGCAUCGUCGUCCACGGCUUGAGCAUCCCCCUGGGCAAACUCGGCAUCCUCAUCCCGCGCACCUUCUCCAACGCCGUCUCUGCCGAUCGCCGCUCGGACGAGCCGGCACCCUUCCACAUCCGCUCAUUCACCGAGCAGUCCCUCCCAGGCAUCCUCCGCAACCGCCACAGCAACGUCAGCGGCACCAACAUGCCGGGAACCGUCACCCCGCGCUCCGCCGCCACCGGCAGCACGGGCGCGCAACUCCUCCCCCGCCCGCUCUACCGCAUCGGCGGCUCCGUCAUCCGCAAAAAGAGCGGCUGCCAGCAGCAGCAGCAGCAGCAGCAGCAGCAGCAGCAGCAGCCCCAACAGCAACCGCAAAGCCAACAGGAGCCCGACGGCGACGUCGGGGAAACUGCCACGGCGGCGCCGGAACGAGAGGGGGGCGUCGCCGGCAGUCGUCCGGUCGACACACCCACGCCUCCGCCCCCGCGGAGUAUGCAGUCGCAGUCGACGGCCGCCUCCGCUGCCGGUCCUGGUGAUGCUUCGGUCGUUGAGGGCUCGAGCUUUUCUGGAAGCAAUCCCGCAGCUGUGCUGUCGCCGCGCCAGACGGAAGGGCAGGAGUUGGUGCUGGUCCCGCGGACUAUCACGUUUGCGGAUGGGUCGGCGAAGAACACGGAUGAGUAA